AUGGUGAGAAAGAACGAAACUAGUGCAGUCCUGACUCAGACCAAACUGGCUUGGGAAAAGCUAUCGACACAUCAGACAGGAACAGCCCCGUCGACGUCAACAGUCACUGCGGCUCUUGAUGUGGUCUGCGAGCUCAAAGGCAUCGGACCGGCAACCGGCACUCUGAUUCUGAAUGUGUACGACUCGGACCACGUGCCCUUCUUUCAGGAUGAGAUGUUUAUGUGGUUCUUCCCGCACACAAAAGGCGACAAGCUCAAGUAUACUCAGAAAGAGUACCUGCAAUUAUUUGAUUCAGCUCGACCGGUGCUGGAAAAGCUAGGUAUUAAAGCUAUUGAGUUGGAAAAAAUCUCUUACGUCCUCGGACACUUGGAGUUGCUGGAGCCAAAUGAAAGAAGCAAGCUGGAGCAUGACCUCAGGUUGAGUGAAACGGAGACCAAGGACGAAGAAGUCAAACAAGAAGUGACUUUGGAGGACAAGAAAGUCAAGACCCACCAACCACAAAAGCAAACAAACACGACCCAGGUAGCAAAACGAACAUCAUCGACACUCGAGAUUGAUAAGAAAGAGCAGCAACCACCGAAGCGCCGGUCACAACGGAUCAAAUGA